AUGAACAACAACAACCAACCCUCUCGCAUGAACGCCAAUGCCAACCAGGGCAUCGGUAACGUCAAGGAAACUGCUGGCAAUAUGAUGGGCAACGAUCGCAUGAAGGCUGAAGGCCAAGGCCAGAACACUGGUGGCAAGAUGGAAGAGAUGGGUGCCAAGGCCAACGAAAUGUGGCAGAAUGCCAAGAACAAGGCCGAGGGUGCCUUCAACGGUGCUAGCAAGGGUACUGGCCAGAACAACUAA